AUGGCAGGACUAACACUUCCAGAAAGAGUAGCUCAAAUAUAUUAUACUUAUGGCUUGUUCUGUUCAUCCUAUCCAGUUACGGCGAUAACGAUCGCACUAUCUGUUGUUUUACUGUGUUGCUUUCCUUUAUUGAAUGUACCUUUGCCAGGCAACAUUCCAACUGUUGUAAAUGUACCGUUACAAUCUAAUGUUCAAAAUCAAAAUGAUUGUGUUAAUAAAAAUUGUCUCCAUAUGGACCUGUUGAAAAUGAAAAAUAUACACAAUGAAACACAAAAACUGCCAUAUAUUUGGGUUAAAGACAAACCAAUAUUUUAUGUGCAUCAAAUCAUCAUGAAAAUAGGCGUUUCCCCAUGGACCAGUAAUUUAAGGAUGUGGGAUGCAUUUAGGGGACCUUUACAUGAAAUAUUCCGAUUACUAGAAACAAUUCGUAAUCAUGAAGAGCUUGAAAGCAAGGAUACACUUUUGCAACAUUGCUACCAAAUUGAAGGCAUUAAGCGACAUGAUAGCAGAGCAAGUAUGGAGACUGUAUUACCAGAAUACAAUUGCCUUUUGCUCUCUCCUGCAAAUUUGUGGCAACAGAACUUACAAUCCUUCUCACUGGAUGCUAACAUUGUCAAUACAAUAUACAAUUACCAGAGUCUUCAAAAAGGCAAAGCGUCUAUAGCUGAGAUGGCAUUUGGUAUGCACCUCCGUGACACCGGCAUCAAACGGUAUCCACUAAGGGCGCGCCCCCGUGUACUCCAGUACGCAGUGACAAUUUUUUAUCAAGAUGCUGAUGAACGAUUCAUCAACUCCCUUACGAACAAACUCAGGACAUUGUACCCAUUGUAUCAAGACACGCCCCAGAUGCGAGCAGAUGAAAUAACGCUCAUCUAUUAUCCGGGACAAUUCAAUUAUCACGAGCUGGUACCUCUGCUGAUCACGUUUUUCGGAUUGUUCCUGUACGUAUACUUCUCCGUGAGGAAGAUAGAGUUCAUCCGUUCAAAGUUCGGUCUCGCCGCGUGCGCUGUCGUCACUAUAGCUGGUAGCCUGUCCAUGUCCAUGGGCAUUUGCUUUUAUUUCGGCUUCUCUCUCAGUCUCCAGGGCAAGGAAAUAUUCCCCUAUUUGGUGAUAAUCGUCGGCCUGGAAAACAUCCUGGUCCUCACGAAGAGCGUGACCUCGACGGACACCAGGCUCGAUGUCAAGAUCCGGCUCGCUCAGGGUCUGAGCAAAGAGGGCUGGUCGAUCACUAAGAAUCUGCUCACUGAAAUUACAAUCCUGACAGUUAGCUUCUUCACAUUCGUGCCGUUCAUACAGGAGUUCUCCAUAUUCAUGAUCGUCAGCCUGAUAUCUGAUUAUUUCAUACAAAUGGUGUUCUUCGCCACAAUCCUCGGCAUCGAUGUGCGCCGCCUGGAAUUCUUCCCCGAGAGGAACAGCAAGCUGCACCUGAAGGAGUACUUUAGCGCGAGCAACGCUCUGAACUGGCGGUAUAACAGGGGCCAAGCGGAGGAGAGCUCCUCGCCGCAGAGGAUGACCAAGUCGAAGUCGCACCCCAGGCUGAACGGGCUGACUAGCAGCAGUCCCACUGACGUCGUGGCCAAGAGGAACUCUGGCGCUGGCGGCCAGGAUCACAGGGUCCCUAAGCGGAUACGUUUGGUGAACAUGUGGGCUCGGACGCGCUUCUUCCAGAGGGCCUUCAUGGUUUGGAUGCUGGUGUGGAUAUCGAUGAUAGUUUAUAACUCCGGCAUCGUCGACUAUUUCGUGACGACCGUCGAGAAGGAGAACGAGGAGAGCGCCAGACACGAUUACGAGAGGAACAGAGCGAGACAGGCGUCCAUCAUGACGUACAACACCAGCGAACGGCGACCCCUCGUUUUCUCUACCAUGAUAGACACGGAGGUGUCCAGCAAAGCGGUCGACGGCAACGACACGAUAUUCCUGAAGCACUCCCCCCACUCUCGUCCCUGGUCCAGGCUGUCGCCGUCGCACUGGUCGGCGGUUCUGGCGCAGUACAACGAGUCGGUGGCGGGGAGAUACGCACUGAUCCUGCCGCCGACGCUGCUCAGCCACCGCGUCAGCCCCGACCUGGCCGCGGGGCUCCGCAACCCCGACGAGCGGGAGCCGCCGCCCCUGCGCUGGCAGGCGCUCGCGGCCGCCUUGGACCCCAUCGACAUAUUGCCCGAGUUCGAGUUAAUCGAUGGCAAGGGCCAAGCGCAUCAAUGGGGAAAAGCCGCCGAUUUGCCCAUUUAUCCGACCACGCCCAUGGAGAUUUUGUUGUUGGCAAUACUGUGUACGAUAAGCGUUGCUGUAAUUGCGUACAUGAUGGUGGUCCUUUACAGAUGCGUCUGUUCGCGACACUACGCGGAAUGGAGAGCCUCUUGGAACGAAGACGAGGAGUACAGGAAGAUCAUCGCGAAACAACCGGCCGUUCAGCUGGUGAUGGAAGCGGUGCCUCUGGUGGUCGCCGGCCACAGCCAAGAGGUGGAGUGCCUGGUGACGGACGGCGACACGGUGGUCAGCUCGUGCCUACAGGGCAACAUCAGGGUGUGGGACUCGCACAACGGCGAGCUUGUCACCAACAUCGAUCGCAAUGCGUUUUUUAAACUGCAGAAAGAACUACACGAGAAGAUGAGCUCAAGGAAAUUGUCCGUCGAUGACGAUUCGUGCAAAACUGUUGAAGCCCUCCCCACUCCGGAAGUAACGGAGCCACGUGCGACGGUGCACCGCCUUCAGAAAGGCUUGAGCAGCCAUCUAAGCGGUCUCCGCUUUCGCGCCAACGCCCGAGACACGCUGCCGGAGAUAUCUCCCGCAGAAACGACCAGAUACAAUUUCGCCAAAUGUUACAGAGAUCUCUACCACGUCGAGCGGCGGAACGGCGUCGAGAGGAAGGUAAACGGUGACGAGAACGCGGUAAACACGUGCAAAAGCGACUUAAGCCUCGAAGAGGACAAAGAGUGCAACGGCGGCGUAUUCGUGUUCAGUUCGAGCGCGGAGAGUGCUAGUGUUUUAAGGGACAACCGUAAUAAUGGCAAAGUGGGCAGCAGGACUGACUGUGGCGACGAGGGCUCGGCGCCCCGGACGAGGGCGGUCAGUGAAUCCCCAGUGUGGUGCAUGGACUUUUGCGACGACCUCGUCAUAUUGGGCUGCGCCGACGGCCGGCUCGAGCUCUGGGAGGCCAGCACCGGGAAGCUGAUGUGCAUGUGGCGGGGCGAGGGCCGCAGGGGGGGCGGCGGGGCGACGCACGUGCGCGCCCUCGCCGGCGGCGGCCGCGUGUGCGUCGCCACGCUCGGCGGCCACCUGACCCUGCUGCGGCUCGACGCGUACAGCGCCGCGUCGGGCGCCCACGUCGACUGGCGUUUCAGCACCGCGCACCGCCGGACGCAUAAACGCACCGGCUCCGCGGAUUCUAUGCGCAUCGGGAGCGGCUACGACGGCGAAGCGGCGAGGGCGCCCCGCACGAGCUUCUCCUACAAACCGGACUACCACGACGGCGAAGAGGUGGUGUGCGUUCGCAUAGCGCAUUGCAGGCCUCACCAGCAACCCAUCACGGAGAUGCAUUCGGAGGGUGGUCGAAUACUCACCGGCGGACAGGACCACGUGGUUAAGGUGUUUUCCACCGACGAGCUGAAGCCACUGUUCACGCUGCACGGCCACUGCGGGCCCAUCACCAGCUGCUUCAUCGACCACGCCACGCCCACGAUAGCGGGCAGCGGCUCCCAAGACGGACUUCUUUGCGUGUGGGACCUUCACACCGGUGCGUGCCUGUACAGCAUGCAAGCCCAUGACGGCGCAGUGACGUCACUCACGUACACCGCCUCCUACGUGGUGUCAGCGGGGGCGGACGAGCGGCUCUGCAUAUGGGACCGGUUCCAAGGCCACAUGCUCAAUUCCAUACACAUCGGUCUUAACUACAUGAGCCGAAUGCUUCCUUUGACGCACACUCUGCUAGUUAUGGGCGACCGAAGCGGUCUCAUCGCUUACGACCUCAGCAGCGGUGACGUCAUUCGGAGGGUGCUCCUCGGUCAGAGCGACGGGUGCAUCUUCGUGCGGCAGAUACUGCCCCUCAAGGACGCCAUAGUGUGCGACUACGCCAACCAGCUGCGCAUCGUCCGCUUCCCGCUGGUCUCGAAGCUGUCCAACAUGAAGAGCGAG